AUGUUCCAAAGUCCCCCCCGAACUGAGCCCUUCAAGACAGGCGUGCUUCCGGCGGGCGAGAACAGAUUAGAGCUCCCAGGGUACGGUCUGCCUAUCGACUACAUACCCGUGAAGAUGAAUGUCUAUGGCGUUCAAAACAAGAGUCUCUUUCCCACGUCGCUUGACGACCGGGAUAUCCAAAAAGGCUAUGCGGACCAGCCGGUGCAGACCCUUCGCGAAAUCAAGAUGUUGAAAUUCAUGGAGUAUCUUACUGACCGACCGAGGUGGUUUGAAGAGAUCUUCGAUCCGGAUAUCGCAGACCAGUGGAAGAAGGAGGCCCUGGAAAGCGACUGCGACAUUACCCCCAACAUGGCGGACUGGAUCAUCGACGAGCUUUGCUUCAAGGCCAAAAUCUACGAGAGAACGGGCGCCUUGUGUCUGUAUAACGGGGAUGUCGUCAAGUCUGAUAUCGCGGUGCCCGAGUCUCUCCGUCACAGGCUUACGGACGCCGUAAGGAGGAUGCCAACGAUAUCAGGGGAUCCCAUCGACCCGCAUGCGAUUCCCUUUGGCAGCAGCAAGCAGCGGGACGUCAUCCCCGUCGCCAUGUAUCCGCUUGUGUUCGGGCGAAGCCGCAUCCUGCCAGACCGACUGCUCAGCCUGGACGACGCCCUGGAUGCCAUCAAGCAAGGGGAAACCAUCCCCUGCCCUGAAUCAGGAGGCCUGACUCGCGAGGACAUGGCGUGGCGAGUGGCCGCACGGUCUGAUCUGAAAAUCAAGCCCUUCAGCACCGAGUUCCAGCUGCUCCCCUGUGAGGCCUCGCUCGGCGACGACGGCAAGUGGCGCGUCUCGACGUAUAUCAAUAACCUGCAUCCCGUCGAGAACAAGAACCUCUACCUCCUCUUCGACGAAUACAUCAACUGCAUGAUCCCGCUGUGGAAUUCAUGUCUGACCCCGAUGAAGGACAUGCUGCACUCCCGCGCCAGGAUCGAGUACCAUGAUGUCAAAUACCACCCCAUGCCCAAGGAGGUCGUGGCCACACGCCCCCAGCCUUCCCAGGGAGAGACCGACUACGAGUACUCCCUUCGGCUCGACGAAUGGCGCGCAAGAAACUGCAGAGUCGUCCAGCCGGACUGCGACCGGUUUCGCCCUUGGGCGCUCCCUUCGUGGAUGAUGCAGCAUAUCCCGCAGGACCAGCCGUAUCCCGUUCGUAUCGAGCAAGCAUGCGACAUCAACCAGGAGUAUGGAGAGCGCGGGCUCCAGCUCAUCUUCCGUCUGAUGAAGAUCGAAUUAAACCCGGGAGACGAUGCGUUCGAGUCAGACUGGCAUGUUGAAGGCCAAUUAAACGAGCAUAUCUGCGCAAUCUCCGUCUACGUCUUCGACAGCGACAACAUCAAGUCGCAUCCAGUUCGGAUCCGCCAAAUCGCAGAAACAGGCUACCUCGCCCACGUCCGCCAUGACCCCGGCGACUCCCUCUGGCUGAAACAGGUCUUCGGGCUGGAACGCGGCCAGCCCAGCGUCCAGGUCGUCGGCGAGAUGGACUGCACCCCAGGCCGCAACCUCGUCUUCCCCAGCACGCUACAGCAUAAAGUCCUGCCCUGGGCACUGGACGACCCCAGCAAAUCAGGCCACGCCUCGAUACUAAUGACAUACCUGAUCGAUCCGAACAUCCGGAUCAUCUCGACAGCCAACGUGCCCCCGCAGCGCGCCGACUGGACCCCCGAGGCCCGCGAGCUCUGCGAUUACCAUGACACCGUCGACAAGCUGCCUCCCGAGAUGCAGGACCGGAUGCUCGAUCGAAAGGACGGCUUUCCUUUUACCGUCCAGGAGUCGGUGUGCUUCCGGGACAAGAUGGUCGAGGAGCGCAUCAACUUUACAAAGUAUCAGCGUGUGGCUUUUGAAUCGAACCUUGUUUUUCCUUAG